AUGGCAUCCACUUCGAAAACACCGGCGCCUGAGCCAACGCUCUACAUCGACGGCAAGUGGACGCACGCCAAGGCCGGACACACACGACCGAUCAUCAAUCCAUACGACAGCUCCACGAUCACUGUGAUCGACGAAGCCGGUAGCGACGAUGCGCUCGCGGCUAUCAACUCUGCAGUCAAAUUCUUCCGCACUUCGUCUUGGCCACAUCAGACGUGCACUGAGCGUACAUCGCUGCUCACCAGGGUAGCCGAUCUGUUGCAACGAGACAAGGAUGUCAUUGCCGAGAUCGAGACCAAGGACACGGGCAAGACGCUCGAAGAGAGCAAGGUGGAUGUCGACGACGUCACCAACGUGUUUCGCUUCUACGCCGAGGAAGCCAAGAAGCUGGACGAGCCCAAGAAGAUCAAGUCGGACGUGAUCCCUGAUUCGGUAGAGAGCACCACAUCGCACGUCCCUGUGGGCGUCUGCGUGCUGAUCGCACCUUGGAACUAUCCACUCCUGCAGAUCUGCUGGAAGGUAGCACCGGCUCUGGCAACGGGCAACGCUGUCAUCAUCAAGCCGUCCGAGGUGACGCCGCUUUCGACAGUGCACUUUGUCAAGCUGCUGAUCGAGGCUGGCGCACCUAUAGGGUCAGUACAGCUGCUCACGGCGGGAGGUGCAUCUGUGGGUCCCACCCUCACCGAGCACCCCGACGUCGACCUCGUUUCAUUCACCGGUGGCCUGGACACGGGCCGUCGAAUCAUCUCUUCGUGCGCGGCGACCGUCAAGCGAUGCACGGUCGAGCUGGGUGGCAAGAACCCUAACGUGGUGUUUGCCGACUGCGAUCUGGAAUGGGCCAUCGACACGGUGGUAACAGCCGUGUUCCUGCACUCGGGCCAGGUCUGCUCAUCUGGAGCGAGACUGAUCGUGGAAGAGUCGAUCGCAGACAAGCUGGUCGCCGGCGUGGUGGAGCGUGCCAAGCGCAUUCACAUGGGCAACGGCAUGGAUCCCGCAUCGGAGACCGGUCCCCUCGUGUCUGCAGCGCAUCUCUCGAAGGUGGAAGCGUUCGUUCAGCUGGGCGUCUCAGAAGGAGCCAAGCUGCUCGUGGGAGGGUCUCGUCCCGAUCCCAAGCAGCAUCCCGAACUGGCGAAAGGCUUCUUCUUCUGCCCGACCGUGUUCGACCACUGCCACCGCGACAUGCGCAUCGUCCAAGAAGAGACUUUCGGUCCCAUUCUCACCGUAGAACGAUUCAAAGACGGCGAUGAGGAGCACGCGAUCUACCUCGCCAACGACACCAAGUACGGUCUGGCCGGCGGCGUGCAGUCGGGCAACGUGGAGCGAGCACAAAGGAUUGCCAAGCGUCUACGACACGGCACGGUGUGGGUCAACACGUACGGCUCAUACACGCCUGCGGCCGAAUGGGGCGGCUUCGGCAUGAGCGGCAACGGGAGAGAGCUGGGCAGCAAAGGGCUGGACGAGUACAUCGAGACGAGGCACGAGUGGGUCGAGACCAACCCGGCCAAGCCUGGAUGGUUCAAGGGCCAAGGCAAGGCGCUGCAGCCUUCCAACUCCAGUGCGAUCAAGGCCAAAUUGUGA